AUGCUCCGCGCGGCGUCUAUUUUAACCGCAGGGCGACUGAGCAGGCAGGAACUAUGGCUGCGCCCGGGCCAGAGGUUCCCUCUGAGCUGUCUCCUGCGGCCGCCCCCGAUUUGGAUUGGUAUGAGAAGUCGGAAGAAACUCAUGCUCCCCAGGUAGAUCCUGAGAUGGUCAUCACGUCAGCCCAGGAACCUUCCAAUUCUUCGGAGCCCUUUUGCCCAAGAGACUUGGUGCCGGUGGUGUUCCCUGGGCCUGUGAGCCAGGAAGGCUGCUGUCAGUUUACUUGUGAACUUCUAAAGCACGUCAUGUACCAACGCCAACAGCUCCCUCUGCCCUAUGAACAGCUUAAGCACUUCUACCGAAAAUCUUCUUCUCCCCAGUCAGAGGACACCGCAAGGAAGAAACCUCGGAUCACCACUGAGGUGAGCAGCAGGAAAUGUCAGCAGGCUCUGGCAGAACUGGAGAGUGUCCUCAGUCACCUAGAGGACUUCUUUGCCCGAACACUAGUACCACGAGUGUUGAUCCUUCUCGGAGGCAAUGCCCUCAGCCCCAAGGAGUUCUACGAACUUGACUUGUCCCGGCUGGCCCCCUUCAGCGUGGACCAGAGCCUGAGCACGGCCGCUUGUCUGCGUCGUCUCUUCCGAGCCAUCUUCAUGGCCGAUGCCUUUAGUGAGCUGCAGGUUCCUCCGCUCAUGGGCACCAUUGUCAUGGUGCAGGGGCACCGUGACUGUGGAGAAGAUUGGUUUCGACCCAAGCUCAACUACCGAGUGCCCAGCCGGGGCCACAAACUCACUGUGACGCUGUCCUGUGGCAGACCUUCCAUCCCAGCCGUGGCCUCCGAGGAUUACGUUUGGUUCCAGGCACCCGUGACACUUAAAGGUUUCCAUGAGUGACUGAAUGAGGACAGUGGCUGAAUUCUCCCCUCUGCUGCCAAGGCACCCACCUCUUGUUUGGAACUGAAGCUGCUUCCUGGUGAGGGAGGAGGGCUCUGUGCUGGCAGUAUGCCUCCUCUCCCCAGACUGCCUGGUGACUGAUGGUAUGUGGCCAAGACUGUGAUAAUCAUCAAGCAAAGUCCCUGAAUCAACGAUUGACUCCCAGAGGCCUCUGGGCCCGGUAGUUCUGUUUGAGAUUAGAAAGCAUGGAGAUGGCCCUUCUCUAUUUUAUGUGUGACUUCAGAACUGUUGUUACCAGGGUCAUAAUGUGGGUGUGACUCAUGAAUUUAAAUACAAAAUGAAUGGAGUUGUAUUAAAUUUUCCUAACACUUUUAACUUA